UUUGCGGCCGGCGUCGCUGCCAGCGUUAAACGUUUACAAACGUUGAGCGGCGCGUAUAAAAGUUGCCGGCCGGCAAGCGUUCAACAUCAGUUAGAAGCUUGGGGCUUUGUAGGUCACUCAAAGAGCGACAGCGAGAGAGAGAGAGAGCAAUAGAGAGAGAUAGCUAGGAAGGCAACACAAGAGAGCAGAGCAAUCGCAAUUCAAAGACAUCAACAAGGAUAAGCGUAGCAUAUUUGCCCAACAUGGCUGAGGUAGCGAAACGCAACGAGCAGCUGCUGGACGCUCAGGCGGAGGUCCUAGAUUGUGACAUUGAGUUCGAGGAGGAGCAGCCGGAAUCCACGCAGCGGCCCGCGGCGCACAAGAACAACAAGCUCAUCAAGAAGGCGCUGAAGAAGGCGUACAAGGCGCAGGCAAUGCUGCAGGAGGCUAUGGAGCAGCUGGCCGCCGCGCAGGCCACGGAUGACAGUCGUCAGUCCAAGCAUGCCAAGAAGCACAAGAAGCACGAGAAGAAGCAGCAGAAGAAGCAGGACAAAAAGCAAGCCAAGAAGCAGGCCAAGAAGCAGCAGAAGGAGCAACCGAACCAGAGCCAGGAUCCGAACGAGCAGAAACGCAAACGCAGCAACAGUGUCAGCUCCACUUCCUCGAGUUCUUCGAGCUCUUCGAGCUCCUCGAGCUCCUCGAGCUCCUCGAGCUCCUCGAGCUCUUCCAGCUCCUCGAGCUCUUCCAGCUCCUCCAGCUCCUCGAGCUCCUCCAGCUCAUCGAGCAGCUCGAGCUCCGGCUCGGAGCAGAACUUUGGCCACGGACUCUAUGGCUGGGCUGGACGACACGGACGACCUCGUCAUCAUGGUCGACGCGAGCGUUCCAGGUCGCUGUCGCAUGGGCGCAAGCAUGGCCACCAUGGCCAUAAGCACGGCCAUGGUCCGCAUCAUGGUCAUGGCCACGGUCCGCACCGCGGUCCCCAUCACGGACCCCAUCACGGUCCCCAUCACUUUGGACCGUACCGCUUUGGGCCGCAUAACCUGAUAGCCCGAGGCGGUGGCUUCGGUAGCUACGCUUGGCCAGUGAUGGAGGAGCAGUUUUUUCGGGGCAGCGGCCUGCCGUGGCCCGUGGAGGCGAGCGCGGCUUGGCCGAGGAGCCGAUCGAGAUCUAGCUCGCGCUCCGUUUCACCUGUCAAAGCCGGUGCUCGCCAGAGCAGGGCCGACAAACGGGUCAAGCGCCGUCAGGGACAUGGACACGGACACGGAGAUGGCCACAAGGGUGGUCACCAUGAGCGUCGAGUGAGUCGCUCCAGUUCCAGCUCCAGCUCCAGCUCCAGCUCCAGCUCUAGUUCCAGCUCCAGCUCCAGCUCCAGCUCCAGCUCCA